AUAAUUUAACUUUCAUUUCUCUACUUUGUGAGCAUUAAGCCCCUGGUUUGGUGAGUAAAUCUAGACCAUCCUGUCCCUGACCUGCCUCCAUUCUUCCACAUGGAGUCACAGCUUUUCUGCUUGAACCUGAAGCCCUGCAGGUGUUUGUGAGCAAGAAGAGACUCAGGAGCCAGGACUGGGAGAGGCUAGGAAAGCAGCGAAAUGGCUUCAGUCCGGGCAGACAUACAGAAGGAGGUGACCUGCCCCAUCUGCCUGGAGCUCCUCACGGAACCCCUGAGCCUAGGCUGUGGGCAUAGCUUUUGUCAAGCCUGCAUCACUACGAAGAAUGAGGAGUCACUGACCAUCAGGCCAGGAGGGGAAAAAAGCUGUCCUGUGUGCCAUGCCAGCUACCAGCCUGGGAAUCUAUGGCCUAAUCAUCAUCUGGCCAACAUAGUGAAGAGAUUCAGGGAGGCCAAGUUGAGCCCACAGGAGGGGCAAACAAGUGGUCUCUGUGUGUACCAUGGAGAAAAACUUCUGUUGUUCUGUAAAAAUGAUGAGAAGGCCAUCUGCUGGCUUUGCGUGAGGUCUCAGGAGCACUGUGGUCACCAAACGCUCCUUGUGGAGGAGAUGGCCAAGAAAUGUCAGGAGAAGCUCCAGGAGACUCUCAUAAGGCUGAGGAAGGAGCAGCUGGAAGCCAAGAAUUUGGAAGCUCAGAUUACAGAAGAGAGAGCUUCUUGGAAGCAUCAGACACAGGCUGAGAGACAAAGGAUUCUGGCAGGUUUUAAUGACUUGCAUGCCAUCCUGGACAAUGAGAAGAAGAGGGAACUGCACAAGCUGGAGGAAGAAGACGUGAAAGUUCUGGAUAGCCUGGCAGCAGCUAAAUACCAGCUGAUCCAGCAGGACCAGGAACUGAGCGAGCUCAUCUCAGAUGUGGAGCGUCGGAUGCAGGGGUCAUCAGUAGAGAUGCUGCAAGAUGUGAUUGACUUCGUGAAAAGAAGUGAGAUCUGGACCUUGAAGAAGCCGAACAUCGCUUCCAAGAAACUGAAGAAUGUGUUCCGAGCGCCAGAUCUGAAGGGCAUCCUGCAAACAUUUAGAGAGCUGACAGAUGUCCAGUGCUAUUGGGUGGAUGUGACACUGAAUCCAGUCCGUGCUUCUUCGAAUGUUGUCAUUUCUGCGGAUCAGAGACAAGUGCGAGUUGUGCACAUUUUGAACUUUAACAAUUCCUAUCAGUGUGAUUUUUCUGCUUUUGGUGUCUUGGGCUGCCAAUAUUUCUUCUCAGGUAAACAUUACUGGGAGGUGGAUGUGUCCAGGAAGACAGCCUGGAUACUGGGGGUAUGCUGUGGAACAAGUGACCCCAGGGAAAAUUGGGGUUCUUGGUUUCGUUUAGGCUCAAAUGCAAAUCUUCAAGAUGUGUACUCCAGAUACAGACCUCAACAUGGCUACUGGGUUAUAGGGUUACGGAAUCAAUUUGAAUAUAAUGCCUUUGAGGACUCUUCCUCCUUGGAUCCCCAGGUUCGGACUCUCUUCAUGGCUGCGCCUCCUCAUCGGGUUGGGGUUUUCCUAGACUAUGAGGCAGGCACUGUGUCAUUUUUCAAUGUCACAAACCAUGGGUCACUCAUCUACAAGUUUUCUCAGUGUUGCUUUUCUCAGCAUGUUUCUCCAUAUUUCAAUCCUUGUAACUGCCCAGCCCCCAUGACCCUCUGCCCCCCGAGCUCCUGAACCUUCUUAUUCCCUCACACACUUCUGCAUAGUUCCUUGUUCAGGGGCUCAGCUCCUGCACCUGAGCUCAUCUCCAGCAUUCUGAGUGUCUCUUCCGUUCUUUUCUAUAGGAUAUCUUUUAGUCUUCAUAGCGUGUAAUGAUGCCUUGUAUCAUAUUCUUCCUAAUAUCAUUUGCAGAGAAUGCUCAUUUGUUGCAUUUCUGAGAGAAAGACAUCUAAUCCCUCCUAGAGAAAGAGCAGUAUUCCUGUAAUUUCUCUACCAUCUCUUUUCUGCCUCAUUCCCCCUGCCACUUAACAGAAUUGACAAAGAAAACCUGUCAACUCUUGUUCAUAUUAUCUAGGACAGUACAUCUGUCCUAAAUAAUGAACCUUUCGGAGUCUGUAGGUUUACCAGUGACACACCAUAUUCAUCAGGGAGCUAAGCAGGAAGCACAUAAAUAAUGUAUUUACCAAGAGUGGAUUCUUGACACCCAGAGCUUCUGGGUCCAAGUCUUGUCUCUUCACUUACAAGCUGUGUAACUUUGAAUGAGUUACUUAACAUCUCUUGGUCUCAUUUUCCUAAAAUAAAAUUUGGUAUUAAAAGUUUUACCUAAUUCUUAGGAUCAUUUUAAGAAAGCUAAAUUUUAUUAAAUGUAAAGCAUUUAUCUGAAAGUCUUGUUUAUAAGAAUAAAUAUUUGCUCUCAUUUUUCUGAAAAAAUGUAAGCUGUUCCAAUGUCCUGGAGAACAAGUAUUUUCACUUCAAGAGAGCAAGAGCUGGCUCUAUGAAGUCUAAUUUUCCAGGUCCAAAAAUGAAAAACCCUGAUGCAGAUAGUAUGAGUUUCCAUACUCUGUGCAAUAGCCAGGGCCCUGAUGAGGCUCAGCAGUCCUUCUGAGGGAUAGCUUUUUGCUGUUCAGGCCUUUUCCUUGAGGUGAAACAUGUGAGUAUAUCACUCCAUUUGCCAUCCCAUGCACUUCUAUUCUUUUUUAUCAUUUCAAACUCAGGAUGAGGAAUAGACCUACUUAGGAUAGCAAAGACAAACUGUUUUUAGAGAAGUAUGCAUUAUAAAGUAGCACAGGCACUAUGACUACACAGAGCCCACAUCAAGAUUCGCAGAGCUGCAGAGAAAGGGGUAGUCUCUUGGCCACACUGGAUGAAAAUGAAAGUGCCUGGCUUGGGACUGAUUUACAGUAAAACCUGUGGAAGAUGGAAUCUGUGUAAAGCAAAAACCUGUCAGAGAAGGAAAACUCAAGUAUUUUCCACUGAAAUGAGCAAUAGGAAAGUAGGAAGACUGCACCUGUCAAAGCAGAAAACUUGCGAGACCUGGAAAAAUGAGACAAUCCCGUCGAGUUCCAGCUCUCAGGUUUCACUGUAUACAUACACACACUCACAUAUAUGCAUAUAUGCACACAGCUAAAAAAGUAUAUAUAAUAUAUAAUCAUGGGUAUAAACCUAGCACACUCCCAUGGAUUGAAUUGUGUCCCCCCAAAAUAUGUGUCGACUUGGUUAGGCCAUGAUUCCCAGUAUUGUGUGGUUGUCCUUCAUUUUGUAAUUGUAAUUUUAUGUUAAAGAGGAUUAGGAUGGGAUUGUAACACCCUCACUAAGGUCACAUCCCUGACCCAAUGUCAAGGGGCUUUUCCUGGGGUGUGGCCUGCACCACCUUUUAUCUUUCAAAAGAUAAAAAGGAAAGGGAAGUCAGCGGAGAGGGGGGACCUCAUACCACCAAGAAAGCAGUGCCAGAAGCAGAGUGCAUCCUUUGUACCUGGGUUCCCUGCACCAAGAAGCUCCUAGUCCAGGGGAAGAUUGAUGGGAGGGUCAACAGAGAGAGAAAGCCUUCCCCUGGAGCUGGUGCCCUGAAUUUGGACUUUUAGCCUGCUUUACUGUGAGGAAAUAAACUUGUUUGUUAGAGCCAUCCACUUGUGGUAUUUCUGUUAUAGCAGCACUAGAUGACUAAGACACACAUACAUAAACAUUAUUCCAGGUAACAUUUACAAGUAUAAAAAAGAGAAUUUAUAUCAGGAGGCUAAACCAAACCCAAACCAAACCCACUGCCAUUGAGUCGAUUGCGACUCUUAGCGACCUCAUAGGGUUUCCAAGGCUAUAAAUCUUUAUGAAAGCAGACUGCCACAUCUUUCUUCCAUGGAGCCGCGGAUGGUUUUGAACCACUGACCUUUUGCUUUAACCACUGCGCCGCCAGGGCUCCAUCAGGAGGCUAAAAGAGUUUAUAAACUGAGUUUUUCCCCGUGGUCCCAAAGCUUAUAAUGAAUGGCCGGGCCAGGAUUAGUGCCAGUCUGUAUUAUCUGCACCACGUCCCCAGGGAGAAGGCAGCAGCCUGACUCUCAAGGAUGUGGGGUGGAAGUGAGAGCCCAGGAGAUGCUGAGCUGCAGGAGGAACCUGGAGCAUCUUAGAGAAAACCUUAGCUGCCACAAAAUGUAGACUGAUAUGCCGAAUUCAUGAAGCCAUAAAGGAUGCAAGAGUAGAUAACCAAAUCAUAAUGAUUUAUUAAGUCACUCCAUUAAAAACAAACAAACAAAAACCCCAUUACAGUGGUGUCAAUUCUGGCUUGUGGCAAUCCCAUGUGAUACAGAGUAUAACUACUCCAUAGGGUUUUCUUAGCUAUAGCCUUUACAGAAGCAGAUCGCCAGGCCUUUCCUCCAUGGAGCUGCUGGGUGAAUUUGAACCACCAACCUUUUAAAUUAGCAGUCAGGUGCAAACUGCUUGUGCUAUCCAGGGGCCAAGCCACUUUGUUACCAGGAUGCUAUUGCAGUUGACAUGAAUAAAAUGUCCCCUUACUUUAGAGGGUAAACAUUGUAAUUGGACGGUUAAAAUCCCGGCCUCUGAAACCAGAUCAAAUUUUGUAUAGUUAUGAUAUAGCACUUGAUGGUUAAAGCCCUUGACUACUAGCCAGCAGCUCUGUGGGGCGAAAACUUGGCAAUCUAUUUCUGCAGAGAUUUACCGCCUUGGAAACCCUUGGGUCGCUCUCAGUCAGAACUGACUGGACAGCACUAGGUUUGGUUAUUUUUUUUUGAUAUGGCUAUGUCAUAGUGGCCCUUAUCAAAUUAAGCACUUGCUUUCUUUGGGACUGAGUUUCUCAUUUGUAAAAUAGAUAAAAAUAAUAAAACUUACCUGAUGGAGAUAUUGUGGAAAUUAAAUAAUAGAAUGUUUGUAAUAACAUCUACCAUUUCCUACACAAAAGGACUGAUCCAGAGUGGUGUCUGUUUUUUUCAUUGGCUUCUUCUCUCUUACUUGAGACAAAUGAUUUUAAGAAUAUGUAAUAAUUUACUUGAAAAAUGGUUAACUUUGUUUCAAGAAAUAGAAUAAUUUGAUUAUGUACUUAUGGAUUAAGAAAAAGUCUAAGUAUAAAAUAAAUGUUACAUCAUUGUAAAAAUAUUUGUUCUCAUCUUCUUCAUAACCGACUAGUCAUAUUUUACAAAUAAGCCUGACUUUGCAGACCCUGGGGGCAAAGUAAGACUUAAUGCGGUUAGAGUGUGGGGGUGUAGAUGGAUCAAACACCAGGCAUUAAGGAAACUAUCUGUGUAAAUUUUAGGAAGAAAAAGAAGAUUUGAAAACUUGUUGGUUAAAAUUUGUCAAAGGGGUUUAUAUAAAUGUUAGCAAUACCAGAUCAAAAGCAGAAUUUUCUUAUGUAUUAUAGAGAUUAUGUUCCACAACAACAAUAGAAUGUAGAAGCAUGAGUAUCUCAGUAGGCUCAAGUCAAUAUUCAAUAAUACAAAUACCUGCAUAUCUAUCUAACUGCCACUCCCAAUAUACAACAGCUUGUAAUAGAUCUGAGAUAAUAAGGAACAAGGUUGACAAGUCCCCUGCUUGCCUUUAGGAAAUUUACUGUUGGGAGCUUCAAUGCU